UAAUCCGCAUCCAACGAGGUUAACCGGAAGGAAACAAAUCAAAGCCGUUUGAUGGGUUUAUAAGCUCAACCAAAGGGGCGUUCUUUAUAAACCGGAGACUCAAUUUUGUGGAUCGGGGAUCUCUCUGCACCGGGCGCAAGCAUGAUGUCCUAUCUUAAGCAACCGCCAUAUACAGUGAACGGGCUGAGUUUAUCUACCUCAGGAGUGGACCUCCUGCAUCCAUCAGUGGGAUACCAAGCGACCCCUCGCAAACAGAGGCGGGAGAGGACCACCUUCACCAGGGCCCAGCUGGAUGUGCUGGAGAACUUGUUCUCCAAGACCCGCUACCCGGACAUCUUCAUGAGGGAAGAGGUGGCCUUAAAGAUCAACCUGCCUGAAUCCAGAGUACAAGUCUGGUUCAAAAAUAGGCGAGCCAAGCAUCGCCAGCAGGCCCAGCAGACCCAGAAUGGCGCGCAGAACAAGUCUGUGAGCAGGCCGGUGAAGAAGAAGGGCUCCCCGGUCAGAGAGGCCAGCUCUGAGAGCGCAGCCAGCGGCCAGUUCACGCCGCCUUCCAGCACCUCCAUCCCGGCUGUGAGCAGCAGCAGCAGCGCGGCACCUGUUUCCAUCUGGAGCCCGGCCUCCAUCUCUCCGCUCUCCGAUCCGCUCUCCACCACCUCCUCCUCCUCAUCCUCCUCCUGCAUGCAGCGCUCCUACCCGAUGACCUACAGCCAGGCGGCGGGAUACAACCAGGGCUACACGGGAUCCUCCUCCUAUUUCACCGGGAUGGACUGCGGCUCCUACCUGUCGCCGAUGCACCACCAGCUGUCCGCUGCGGGCUCCGCCAUGAGCCCCAUGAGCGGCAGCGGGGUAUCCAGCCACCUGAGUCCGGCCUCUUCGCUCUCCUCUUCGGCGUACGGAGCGGCGGGUCUGGGCUUCACCGGAGCCGCUGACUGUCUGGACUACAAGGACCAAACUGCAGCUUCAUGGAAGCUCAAUUUCAACUCGGACUGUUUGGAUUAUAAAGACCAGGCAGCUUGGAAAUUUCAAGUAUUGUGAGGAAAAAAGAAAAAAAACUUUCAUUAACCCACGCAGAGCCGGCCUUAGACCGAAUGGGGCCCUGAUUGGAAUUUGAAUGAAGGGGCACCACCAGAAAGCACAGGAGCCUUUUGGGUGUUUUACAUAUCUGCACCAUUUGUUUCUAAUUUAACAACUAGACUGAAUAUAUUACAUAAUAUGAUAAAAAUAUUUCACUGAAUAUUAAGUGGUUCUAUAUAACAUGUGAAAAGUCCAAUCUCCUGGGGUGGCCCCCGUUGGCUUGGUGGUUCUAAGCAGCAGCUCACUCAUACUAUGAGUCAGCUUUGCAUUAAUGCAACAUAUAUAGUGUUUUGUUUCCUCCACAAGAAUUCAGGCCCCAACUUCUACCUCGGGUCGAGCAGUGCAGGACUGUCUCACACUUGUUGGACUAACUUAUUGACUAUCGAGACUCAACUUUGAUCAAGGGCACGGAACAAAUCUGCUGACCAGAAGAGAAGAGGGGGAUAAAGGAUCAAGAGAGACUAACUUGGAGGAGUUUUAAGGAUUGGUCAGGUUUUUUUCCUCUAAGCUCCUUAAAGACUCUCCUUUUCUUUUUAAUUUUGUUGGCACGCUGAAUGGGCCCCCUUUGAUCAAAGCGAUGUGCAUGAGUGUCUGUAUUGUAAAGAGUGUGUGUGAGAGUGUGUGAAAGAAGCUCAGACGCAAACCCGGAUGCACUACUUAAUUUAUAUUUAAAAAAAGAAAACACAAAUAUUUGACAAUCAGUCCAUUUGCGUGUGAGCCAAAACAAUGUAUUUUAUGUGUUUCAUAUUUUCUUUUCUUCCCUUGUAAAGUACCCUCUAUUUUUGUUUUUUUACCCGACUUGUGGUUCUUUGUAUAAACUGUAUGCAAUUCUGCUUUGCGUAAAAUGCGCACUAAAAGCAAGCUGUGAAUUUCAUAUUUUUAUUUCCAUGUUUCAAGUGUUCAUUAAAAAAGGAUUUAUUAGUUGAAGAAGCAGUGUAUGCAUUUCAAGGUCCUUUUCAAGUUGUAAAAAGCAACAGAAAACAACAAAACUGGUAUAAAAAAAUAAUAAAAACCA